AUGCUCUCACUCACCUGGGCUCUUGCCCUCUCUGGCACCACAGCAGCAAUGGCUGUCAGCUCUACCAAUAUUAGCGAACGUCAUGCAACUACAACUACACCACCACAACCGUAUCCCACAGAAGACACACCGUGUGCCAUCGCCAAAUCAAGAGCAAAAGCCUUCCUAUCGGCUGAACCAGAAGCCACAAAAGCUUGGGUGCUUCCUUCGAUAGCUUACGACUGCCUUACCUCCAUCCCCGUCGAUACGCAGAAUGAUAUGGACCUUCUCGACUACUUGGAACCUUACAUCGAGUUUCAAAGUACCUUGGAGCCUCUCGCGGCUCCUCCAGACUUCUAUCUCAUUCCAGGCGUCGACAUCCUCGCAGGGCUCGGACAGAUUCGAGCCAAGUUGAGCAACGACGUAUAUGAAAGUCAACUAGAAUUUGCUCUGGAGCUUUUCUAUCUGUUUGUUCAAGCUUCUGAUGGCCAUUUCAUAUACAAGCCGGCUCUCCUCGAUGUCUUUCAAUUUGGUAGCCUCUCGUCUGUUGUUUCUGUUUCCGACGACGGCACUAGCCUCCCUAGAGUCUAUCUUCGGAGCGAUUUUGACCAGUUCGUUGCCAAUGGUACGGAUGUAUUUGAUAUUGAGAGCAUUGAUGAUGUACCCAUCGUCGACUUCCUCGAGAUGCAGUCAUGGCGUGCUUUCAACCAGGACCCAGAUGCUCAGUACAACUCCUUGUUCACCAACCCAGCCCAAGCCGCACAGGGAUCCGGCGACGGGUUCUCACCCAGAUUCCCUGGUAAUUACUCUGCUGUCCAGGUGAUUAAGUUCACCAACGGAACCACUUUCAACGACACUGUUGUCGCUGCUGUUUCGGCCAAGUUCAUCGACUACAUUGGCUCUGCCGGUGUAAUUCACGAAUAUUUCGAGCUCCCAGUCACCGCGACACCCACAUCCCCGUCGUCUACCAGCUCCACCGCUUCUUCGACCGCAUCGUCGUCAGCAACACCUACGACCACUCAGGUCAAGGGUUAUCCUCUUCCCGUCGUCAAGCACGCCCACGACUGGAUCUCAGGCUACUUCAUGAAUGGUAGCGAGUACAACGACACUGCUGUGCUGUCCAUCCCUGCCUUCUCUCCGUGGUCAAUCCCUGAGAAGGAUGUCAACGGUACUUUCGAGCUUACCGAAGCCCAAUCGGUAGUCGCUGAGUUUUUGCGGAAGGCCAAGGAUGCUGGAAAGACGAAGUUGAUCAUCGACGUGCAGGCGAACCCAGGCGGUCUGGUAUUCGCCGGCUUUCAAUUGUACAACCAACUGUUCCCUACUGCCGACAUCUGGGAUGGAAACCGCCUUCGUGCGAAUGACGCCCUGAACGCCCUUGGCUCCACCGCUGAGAAGGUGGCACCGGAGCUCCUUAUCGACGCCAUCACUUCUGUUUACAACGCGAGCCACGACUUGUAUGACUCUUGGGCCGACCUCUACGGACCGGAAUUCAUUGGAGAACAGAAUGUCACUCACCUUCUGAGGUAUAAUCUCACCCAGCAAUUCGACUUUAGCACUGAGGAGCAAGUUUUCGACCCUGAAAACAUUGUUGUUGUCACUGAUGGCCAGUGUGCUUCUACAUGCACUGUAUUCACUGGUUUGUUGUUCCGCGAGCAGGGGAUCCGAUCAAUCACCCUCGGUGGCCGCCCUAUGGAGUCGGCAAUGCAGACUAUUGGUGGAGUAGAGGGCGCACAGGUUCUCAACUUCGUCGACUUGCAGCAGUUCGUCCAACAGGUCGGCAUCAACGCGUCCCAAAGCAACAUGACACAGUAUCUCGAGGCCGCUUUCGAUGUACUUCCCAGCCUCUCGGAUCCUCCAUUGCUGCCGGCUCUCUCGGAUGCUGGAUCAUUCAACUUCAGGAAUGCUUAUGCCAGGAACGACUGGAACGGCUACCCAGAGCAGUUCAAGUACGAGGCCUCCAACUGUCGUCUGUUCUAUACAGCUCAGAUGAUUCUCGACCCUGUGGCCAUCUGGAAUAGCACUGCCCAGGUAGCUUGGAAUGAUGGGAAGUGUGUUAACGGAUCGACCGUCAACGCUAACAGCACGAUUGGCGAUGACAUUCUCGACUUCGACAAGAAGGUUGCCAGCACUGUCAAGGCUUAUGAGGGACCCGGUAGUUUGUCCUUCAAGGGCGACUAUGAGGGUCCUCAACCUUACACUCUGAAGUCCAGCAAACGCUCUAUACAUGAGCACCUGGCACCAUCUGCGGAUUUCGUGUAUCAGGUCAAGCCCAAGAUGGCUACAUGGUAG